AUGAGCCUCUCAGUGUUAGUCAUUGAGUCCCUCUUGUUAUAUGGCCUCGGCCUCGGAAUCUACUUUCUCGUGAAGCGGCGCUUCUUCAAGACAUCCUUGGACAACAUACCCGGUCCCCCUCCGGCGUCGUUCGCGAAAGGAAACAUGGGACAGUUUCAUGGUCCCGAUUCCAUUGAGGUACAGCGCGAUCUGGUGGACAACUAUGACAGUUAUGUGGUGAGGCUGCGCGGCCUUUUCAACGCGCCAGCGCUGUACAUCUAUGACCCAAAGGCGCUCCAUGCAAUCCUAAUCAAGGACGAGAGCAUCUGGGAAGAAGACCCGAGUUUUAUUGCGGUUAACCUAGCCCUGGUCGGCUCCGGAUUAUUGUCUACACUCGGCGAACAACACAAGAAACAACGCAAGAUGUUGAAUCCUGUGUUCUCUAUCAACCACAUGCGCACGAUGUUCCCGAUAUUCCACGACACUACACGGAGACUUCGCGAUGCCAUCGAAGCACGGGUGAAAGACGGACCACAAGAAUUAGACAUGGCAGGCUGGAUGGGCCGAACUGCGCUGGAGCUCAUCGGACAGAGCGGUCUCGGAUAUUCAUUUGAUCGACUCGUGGACGACAACAAAGAUGUAUUCGCCGAGGCCCUCAAACUAAUGUUCCCGUCCGCCACCAAGCUCGAGGCACUGGUGUUGACGCUACCUCACCUGCGCCGGAUCGUACCCGCCAGUUUGUGGGGUCCUCUCGCUAGUGUCAUGCCGAUGUCAUACGUGCGCGAUAUGAAGUACAGCGCAGAUUUCGUGGCGAAACGGACGCAGGAGAUAUUAGUCUCGAAACAGCGUGCUCUACAAGAAGGCGAUGAAGCCCUCGCGGAACAGAUCGGUCGAGGCAAGGAUCUCAUGAGUAUUCUCAUGAAAGCGAACAUGAGUGCCUCCGAGAAAGACAGCCUGACAGAGCACGAACUGGUUUCACAGAUGUCCACCAUGACCUUGGCGGCAUCGGACACAACGUCCAACACCUUGUCACGGAUCCUGCUACUCCUUGCUGAACACCCGGACGUCCAGCAGCGACUUCGCGCAGAAAUCAUCAAGGCUUCUCAAGACGGAGACCUGUCUUAUGAUGUUCUCAUGCAAUUGCCUUACCUGGAUGCUGUGUGUCGGGAAAGCCUCCGUCUGCAUCCACCUUUGUUAUGGUCUAGUAGAAUGUCUACACAGGACACGAUCAUACCGGUCUCAAAACCCAUUCCUGGAUUGGACGGCACGCCGAUCAACGAGCUCGCUGUGCCGAAAGGUACGGAGGUCAUACUCGGGAUUCUAGGCUGCAACACAAGCAAAGCGUUCUGGGGUGAAGACGCGAUGGAGUGGAAGCCGGAGCGUUGGCUAUCGCCCCUUCCAGACGCCGUGACUGGAGCAGGCCUGCCGGCUGUGGCAGGAAGCCUAAUGACCUUUAUCGGUGGCAAGCGUGCUUGCAUCGGAUUCAAGUUCGCCGAGAUGGAGAUGAAGGCCGUGUUAUCCGCGCUGCUACCGAGCUUCGUUUUAGCUCCCACUGACGAAGAGAUCAAUUGGAUCCCUGCGCCGGUGUGGUAUCCGGCCGUAGGGCAAGAUCGCUCCAACCCGCGAAUGCCGCUCCGGGUAGCCAUGUAUUCCGGCGCUGCUUGA